ACUAAGGCUCUUUGUUCAAUCUGGCUUGUUGUAUUGUCAGAUUAUGCACUUUAAACACUUAGUUUCUGUCCUUGGAUGUAUGCAGAAUAAUUCCAAAGGGGUUUAAAUCAAGAGAAAAUCUUACUAAAUCACCUUCAUGCUGAAAUCUGAAGAUCAAGAUGAAGACUGUGCCAAAAAUGGCUAUGAUUUUCUGAAAUCAAGCUUGUCUAGUAUUAUAACUCAAGAUACCCGAACUAAAAUUGACUCAUUGAUCCAAGAAGUUGCCUCCUUGAAAGAUGUUGAAAAGCUUCUGUUUUGUCUACUACUACCCGUGGAUAAUAAUCAUGGUUCCCACUGUCUCAGCAACACUUCUUUCGGUCUUGCGGGUGAUGAUCUGGACGUCUCUUCGGGUUACGACGUCAAUUCUUUGGGUAUCGGCCUCUUCUCACCAGGUGGACAGUCUUCUCUUCACUUAUCAAACCAAGUGGAACAGAGUCAAGCUUACACGUGGAUUAUGUCUCAUCUGGAAGAAGAUCCUUCAACGUGUUUAAGAAAAGAUGAGGUAUAUGAUGACUACAGAGCAUAUUGUGAGAAGCAUCACAUGAAAACUCUAAAUACAGCAGAUUUUGGAAAAGUCAUGAAACGCGCAUUUCCAAAUGUAAAACCACGACGUUUGGGUCAACGAGGACAGUCUCGAUACUGCUAUGGUGGGAUGCGUAAAAAGACAGAAAUCCAGCCACCCUAUCUACCUGAUCUCACCAAUGAAGCUCUUGGUAUUAGCUCCCAAAACAUGGCUGGGAGAUGUACUGGUUCACCUGGAAGUAGUUCUGGUGGAAGUUUCGAAGCUGGAUCUCAAAGGCAUAUGUCAUCAAAUAGUCCAUUAAUUCGUCUUCUGAAGUCCAACGGAUCUGAUAUUGAUACUAGCAGUUGGGCUGAUGAUCCAUCUGUACGAACUGCCUUAGGAAUUCGAGGUUCUGUGGUUGCAGACGUGGCUCAUAUUCUCCUGGAAUAUGGUCACCAAGUUUUUGGUGUGCAGUUCAAGUCGCUAUUUCAGCUUGCCCAACAUCUUGUUGCUAACCGUUAUGUUAACUCCAGAUCCAAGCAUGCGUUUGCUUUGAUCGCUCAUGCUGCUAACCCUCCGAGUUCUUUUUCACCGCCACCUACUACAGCGCUCGCUGAAAUGCUUCAAAAAGGCUCUGUGAAGUCAGCAUUCGGAAAAAUACGAAAUGGACGUCAGAAUUCGUCUACCAGUGAUUUAUCAUCAUGUAAAUCGGAAUGUACUAAGAAUGAAAGUUUCCAUACACUAACAAACAAUAUUGGCUCCCCAGUCACUGCUGUCUCUCGAUCAGCUGCACCAGAUAAUAGACAUCAAAAUCUUCCCAUUCCUAAUAUCAAUCAUAAUUUAAAUAAUCAUGGAGUACAUUCUGUCCCACCUGUCGUUGCCUCUGGAGAUAACCCUUCAAUACAACCGCCGCAUUGUAGCACUCCUCAACGUGGUGGCUGUUACAAGCCAUAUGAACUACAGACUUCUUUACCACAAACUAGUGGAGUUGGUGCAUAUACAGCUGCUGUCCUAGCCUCUCCGUCUGCAUUCCAGUCAUCCAAUCAGCAAUUAUCUAAUUACCCGUUCAGCUUUAGUCAGAACUUUCGGAAUAACGCUAUCAACCACCCAUAUUCUCACAGUGGUGCACCUGGUUUAGCACAUCCGUCUACCGCAAUGGCUUUAGCUGCAGCAGCCGCUGUCGCAGCACAUCAGAAACAACAAUCUGGUGUGCCAAAUUUUCCUCCAUGUGUUUUGGGGUCUACUUUCUCGUCAACACUUGGUCCGACUCACAGUCCUGCAUCACCAUCUGUUGAUCCACGACACGUUACUACAAACACUAAUGCAUCUACUCCUCCUAUUGCCCACAGGGAAAAACAUUCCGGCAUUUUGGAAACAUCCACACCAACGUCUCAAUCUGAUUCAGUGUAUACAAACUUGGGCGGUUAUCAUUCGCCAAUUGCAAACAGCUCGAUGUAUCCUGCCCAUCAAAUUACAUCUCCAUAUCCCAGAUCCCAACAACCGCCUGCCCCACUUCCUCCUGGCGUGGGUGCACGCAGCCCUUAUGCUCAAGUUUCACAUCUGUCUACAACGACUACGGACUCUAACCAAGUGGGAUUCAAGCGAACUGUCCUACCACAUCCGGGAGAAGCCCCAGGUGCUUACGAACCAUCGCCACGAUUUCACCUAGGCGGUCAAAGUCCUAACAAACGUGCUCGUUAUUUAUCUACAGCCUCUGGUUCGAGUUCUAAUUCUUUGUCAACAGAUGGUCCAUCACUCAGCGGUGUUAGUUUUCCAGAUGGUAAUGAACGGUAUUCUGAACAAGUGACACCAAUUAUUACCCAUAACACUUUGACUGUUCCUUCACCAGCGAGCAGUGGAAGCAGUUCAUCUAAUCCACCUCAGAUUCCUACCGGAUAUACUGGAUCUUGCGGUACUACCCGUCAAUAUAGCAUAAGCACUCUUGAUCAGUCACCGUCUAUGCCUUCUCCUUAUUAUCCUGGUCGCUAUGAAGGGCUUGAGAUGCAUAGCCCCGCACCACCAUCACAUGGACAUAUGAGAUCUCAUCAUGUUCAAAACAAUGCUGGUUCGUCUCAUUCGUCUUGGAAUAUUCCCGGUCCCUUAUCAUCUAAGACCAAUCUGUUUGACCAGCAACCAUCUGACUAUGUAAUGAACUCUAGAAGUCAAAGUUAUAACUCGAAUCUUUCUGUUUCAACCUCUGAACGCACAAAUGUUACAACAGUUUUUCGUCCUCCAAUUACUCCUUUCACUCUGGAUCUGGAAAGUGAAGAUGAUGGAGAUAGUUUGCCUAGGUUAGGCACAUCUCCAGGACCGCAAAUACCUCCUAGUUCACCUACAGAAUUUCUACCAUUUUAUUCUGAAGCUGCUAACAAAUCUGCUCAAGCUCAACUACGACAAAAACAUUUUACUGAACUUACACCAAGAAUUCAUAAUACACCAGACAGUGAUGAUCGUGGAACCAAUUCUGAUAAUAGUUCACCAUGUAUAACGCUUGUAAAUCGGGAACGAUCAGAUAUUCGAAAUAAUUCACAUAUUAAAUCCAACGAAUUUGUAACUACUACUCCAAUGACUAAUCCUGUUUCACAUUCUGAUGAAAUGUUGUCCCCAUGUUCAUCAGAUUCAAAUGAUCGUACUUUAACUAUCCUUGACAAUUUAGGCGAAGUAAAUACACCACCAAUGCCAGAUGGUUUAGCUGAUGCUCCAUCUCCAAGUGAAGUAAUCAAAACAAGUUCUAUGGUUCGAAAACGUGAAGAAUUGCAGCAUGAAUUGAGCACGCCUGGUCCAGCUGAAGGAAGCAGAUCCCCUUCUUGUCCCAAUAACUCAGGCUCUGUUCAGUGUACAAGUUCCGCAGAUGUGAGUAUCACAGCGUUUUGAAUUUUGUGUUCGGUUCACUGAAAAUAUAUUGUUCCGCAUUUACUUAAUUUCUCUUAAGUGGAUUAUUAUUAGGAAAUUAUUCCGUGGAUAAAUAGUUCAUUUUACAAAAUAUACCCUAAAUCCAUCUCGUGAUAAUUCUGACAACUGAACAAUAAAUAAAAGCAAAAUUAUUGAAAAAACUCUAGAUUCUUUUUAAUUUUACAAUCGCUAUUCUACCUCCAAAAGGUUUAAUAAACAUUACUUUAUUUUUUCAACGUAAGAAUCUGUACGACUUUUCACACUUCAUCUUAUUUUUUUAAAUACGCUUUUGAUAUGUACAUUUUUAUAUAACGAUUUUUUUUCUGUAUCUGUUCGUGUUCGGUGUAUUCCUCUUUUUUAUUGAAUAUUUUUUCACUUGGUUUAUGAGAACAACCAAAGAGUCUUUUACAUUGAUAUCUUAUCAACUAUAUAAUUUAAUCAGAUUUUCAGCUUCCUCUGUUGUGUACUUUCAGUUGUUUUUUUACAAUUCAUAAGCUAAACGACAGUGAAUUUCUAGCCAUAAGUUUUCCCAUUUUUACUGUAUCUGCAUAUACCAAAGUUUUGUAGUUUCAUAUAUGACCAAUUGAGAAACCUGUAAAGUUUUUUCUUUUUUGGCUCAAACACCAGUCAUUCAUCUUUUUGAGUGUGAAAUUAAAC